AUGUCCUUUCUAUUUAGAAGAUCACUGGAACUCAAUAGGCCUCGGAAGGCUAGAACCGAAGAGCAAUUGCUGCAUCAAAAAAAGGUUGCUGACACAGGCGAUGAAGGAAAUAGCAAUAAUGUGCCUGAAUUAGAACCAGAUCCAGAACAAAAGCCCGAACUGGAUUUAGACCAGGAACAUAAGCACGAACACGAAUCGUCUGCAUCUCCAAUCGACGAUACUGGAUCCGGUAGUGAAAAGACCAGUUUGAAAAAAAGACCCACUUUUUUACAAAGUCUUAUGCGGGUAUCUAGUGGAAAUGGGUCGUCAUCAUCUUUAAAAUCCUCCACUUCGAGCUCAUCUAGUCAGUUGAGCGGUAUUCCACCUUUGCCACCAUUGGUAUUGGCUGAUCACAAGGGCAACAUAAAGAAUAGACUAUUGGAUAUAGAAUUGGCAACCAAUAUUCAGAGUCUUCUUCCUGCUAGGCUACAACUCUUUGAUACUUGGGAUCUAGUCUAUUCUUUAAGUCAACAUGGAAUGUCACUCAACACUCUCUACCGCAACUCAAAACCAGAGCACCAACUACAGGAGUUAAAGAAACGUAAAAAAGCUGAGAAGGGAUACGCGGAUGCCGUAGUCAAGAAAAUGAUGGUGGCUGAUUUUCCUAAACAAGGUGGGUUCACAAUUGAACAAAGACGACCGCAAGGAUAUAUCUUGGUUAUCAAGGAUGAGCACAAUGCCAAAUUCGGUGCCUACUUGAAUGAAUACCUCAAGCCUAUGGAACACAAAAGAUAUUAUGGAAAUGGCGAAUGUUUUUUGUGGAAAGUCGAAAAUUACGACCCAUCAACAUUGAUUUCUCAUAAUGAAAAGCCGAAUAAAGAUAGUUCUGAAAGUUCCUCAAAGAAUAAUGCUACUCGGUUUAAAGCAUUCAUGUAUACAGGUAUUAACGAUAAUAUCAUAUACUCAAAUCGUGAUUUUAUUGCAAUUGGCUCAUCCCACGGAGAAAACGGAUUAUACCUUGAUCAAUCACUAAGCAGUGGGGUGAGCUAUCCCUGUGAAACAUUUGGUAAUGAAAUAUUGUGCCUGAAUACCAAAAAAAAUCCGAAAGCUGGUUCUUUCAAAAUCAUGGGCUUGGAAAUUUGGCGAGUAGGGACUUUGGAAUAA